CUAAAUUUUCUACUAUAUUAAAUAACGACAUGCCUUUCCCUUCCCCUCUGCUACUCUGCCUCUGUCUCAAAGCUAACUAAACAAACAAACAACUAAAACACUAAAUUUGCAUGCACCAAUGGCUCAGCUACUCUCUCCUGUAUAUACAGAUACUCUUAAAAUCCAUAACCCAUCUUUAAAUAUGAGCAGAAGAAGCUCAUGGAAGGCCUAUGCUAAGACUGGAGCUUCUUGGAGCUUGAUGGGUCAUGGUGGUCAAAGGAGAGGUUGUGGCAGAGUCAAGGUUGCUUCCGGAAAUUCUGCAUCUACUGAUUCUCUUGCCGAUGAUUAUUAUGCUGUUCUUGGUCUGCUUCCGGACGCAACACCAGAGGAGAUAAAAAAGGCUUAUUAUAAUUGCAUGAAGGCUUGUCAUCCAGACCUAAGUGGCAAUGAUCCAGAGACUACAAAUUUCUGCAUGUUCAUCAAUGAGGUCUAUGGGGUUCUCAGUGACCCCGUACAGCGCACGGUUUAUGAUGAAAUUCAUGGCUAUGCGUUGACUGCAAUGAAUCCUUUCAUGGAUGAUUCCGCCCCAAGAGACCAUGUAUUUGUCGACGAGUUUAGUUGCAUAGGCUGCAAAAAUUGUGCCAAUGUUGCCUGUGAUGUGUUUAGAAUUGAAGAAGACUUUGGACGAGCCAGAGUUCAUAGUCAGUUUGGGAAUCCUGAACUAGUGCAAGAGGCAAUAGACAGUUGCCCAGUUGAUUGCAUCCAUUGGACUUCUGCGGCACAAUUAUCAUUGCUUGAAGAUGAAAUGCGCAGGGUAGAAAGAGUUAAUGUUGCAUUGAUGCUUUCAGGAAUGGGAUCUGCAUCAACAGAUGUAUUCAGAAUGGCAAGUUCUCGAUGGGAAAAGAGGCAGGCAAAAGUUUUGGAACAAGCUAAAGUAAGGAUGAUGCAGCAGAAAGAUGCUGGUAAAACGGACUCAUACUGGACCAACCUUUGGGGGAAGCCAAAACAAUACAAGAAGUCAGAGGAGGAAGUCAAAGAGAGAGCAAAAAGGGCUGCCGCAGCUGCGAGAAGAUAGGAAUAUUCAAGGAGGGGUGUGGAUAAGGCUCCCACCGUUAAACUACCAGAUCCACUCUCCAACUCCAGCAAACACAAUUAAUUUAUUUACUUUGCAUGAUUCAAUGCAGGAGGUGGUUUCCAUUCAAUAUGUCUCAACAUGUACAACAACAAUAAUCCAUCAACUAUGUAUAUAAACAUUAUUGAAUCACAUUACUAAGAAACUAAUAAAUAGGAAAAUAAUGCGGCGUAUAAGACGAUUUGUAAGCUUACACUUUGUUCUAAUAUUUCUAAUUUUAUUACAUAUAUAUUAAGUUUUCA